AUGAAAUACAAUAAUAGACACGCCGGGCGGAAGUUUCACGAGUUUAAAGGGUACGGCCGGUGGUCGGCGUACGAAGGCUUCAAGAUUGCUCGAAAACCGUCGCGCGAGGUGCGCAGGAGUGGCAGAGCUGCGGAAAUAGGGGCUGCCGGCGUAAUGCAGCGGGUGGGCGCAGCCGGGGGGCCCGGGCCCAUCGGCUUUCAGGGCCCUCCGAGAUCGCUGAAAAUUUCACCGGUCAAUAUACAGGACGAGCCUGCCGAUCCCACGCAGAAAGGCAAAAGCUCGCACUGCGUUGGCUGCGGCGGUCGAAUUCACGACCAGUGGAUCCUGAGGGUAGCGCCUAAUCUGGAAUGGCACGCGGCUUGUUUAAAGUGUGCCGAGUGUCAACAGUUUCUGGACGAGAAAUGCACCUGUUUCGUGCGGGACGGCAAAACUUACUGCAAGCGUGAUUACGUUAGGUUGUUCGGCACGAAGUGCGACAAGUGUAGCCAGUGUUUUAGCAAAAAUGACUAUGUGAUGAGAGCGAAAACUAAGAUCUAUCAUGUGGAGUGCUUUCGUUGUUCCGCAUGCAUGAGGCGGCUCGAGACCGGCGACGAGUUCGCUCUGAGGCAGGACGGCCUCUUCUGUCGGCACGAUCACGAUGCCCUCGAGGGCGGAAAGCACUGCACCGGAGUUGUCGGUAUACCCGGAAGCGAGAAUAACAAUAACGCCUCCCUGACGAACAACAAUCAUCAUCUACACCCGAACGACGGCUCGAUGUCAGAUUCCGGAUCCGAGAGCGGAUCGCAUAAGGCGGGCGUCGGUGGCGUUCGCGGUUCCGGUGGCCACAAAAGUGGCGGCGGUUCCGACGGAAAGCCGACGAGGGUACGCACGGUUCUCAACGAGAAGCAGUUGCACACCCUCAGAACCUGCUACGCGGCGAAUCCCCGCCCGGACGCCCUAAUGAAGGAACAGCUCGUCGAAAUGACGGGGCUGAGUCCACGCGUGAUCAGGGUGUGGUUCCAGAACAAGAGGUGCAAAGACAAGAAGAAGACGAUCGCCAUGAAGGCGCAAAUGCAGGAGAAGGACGGUCGUAAAUUGGGCUUCGGCGGCAUGCAUGGCAUACCCAUGGUUGCCAGCAGCCCCGUGAGACACGAGAGCCCUAUCGGCAUGACGCCUCUGGAAGUUCAGGCUUAUCAACCACCGUGGAAGGCGCUUUCGGAGUUUGCGCUUCAUACGGACUUGGAACGGCUGGAUCCCAACGCGCCGUCGUUCCACCAUUUGGUGUCCCAGAUGCACGGCUACGACUUGCACGGAGGACCACCGGCGCAAUUGGGACCCCCGCCGGGGAUGCUCGGCGGACCGAUGAGCGACGGUGGGGGCGGGCCGUUACCGCCCCCGGGGCCUCAUCAUCCAGGUGGCGGACCGGACAUGGGCCAGCAUCCCGACAGCACCGACAGCUACGUGACCUACGUCGAGAGUGACAGUGACUCGUUUCACCACGAUACGGGAAGUCCAUAGUGUCGUGCGAGUCAUGAACGCAAAACUACCACGCCCCUGUCGUCCUUCGCUUUCGUAGCGACCCUCGUCGUGGUGCUCGCCAUAACGGCGAGAUGCUUGCAACGGAGGAUAUGAAGCGGCCACGGAGUCGUGGAAUACACCGUGAUACACAGAUGUAGGAGGGACAACACAGAUACCAAAGGGCUGCGCCGUCUCAUCGAUCUUUCGACGAUAAUCAAACGGACUCGUACCGCUCUGCUACCAAAAACGGGUCGGAAACGACCAUGAUGAACACGCUGAAAAUGACACGAGUGAUGGAGGAAAGAAAGGGGGAGAGGGGGCAACUGUCUUGGACGUACAUAAAUAAUGCAUUUUCGCUUCAAUUCUAAAACGAUUUCUUUGAAAUGUUACAGAGGAACGUUUACGAGAACAACCGUCUAAUCAUUAAGCAUUACAGAAGUUUUUCGAGAAUCUUGAAAAGUUUGAAGAACCUUAACAUCCUGUAUGUCGAUCAGCUUAUUGAUAUAUGAAAACCAGAUUCUGGUCAGACCGCGAGCGUUAUGUUAUUUCGA